CACGAUGUACGGGCUGUUAUUGGAAAAUAUGGCGGAGUACAUCCGCCAGACCUACGGUGAAGAGCGAUGGGAGGACAUACGACGCCAAGCGGGAGUGGAACAGCCAUCAUUUUCGGUUCACCAAGUAUAUCCAGAGAAUUUGAUCACAAGACUCGCGAAGAAGGCACAAGAGGUACUGGGCAUAACCGAACGCGAGUUUAUGGAUCAAAUGGGAGUUUACUUCGUCGGCUUCGUGUCACAAUACGGCUACGAUAGAGUUUUAUCAGUCCUGGGCCGUCACAUGCGCGAUUUUUUGAACGGACUGGACAAUUUACACGAGUAUCUAAAAUUCAGUUACCCAAGAAUGAGAGCGCCAAGUUUUAUCUGUGAAAAUGAGACUCGUCAAGGUUUGACAUUACAUUAUAGGUCGAAGCGAAGAGGUUUCGUUUAUUACGCAAUGGGUCAAAUAAGAGAGGUCGCUCGUCAUUUCUACCACAAGGAAAUGCGAAUAGAGUUACUUCGAGAGGAACUUUUGUUCGACACCGUGCAUGUGACCUUUCAGCUAACAUUUGAUAACCGCGCUUUUACAUUGGCAUCAUUGGCAAUGACAAGAGAAGAAAAACAUCUGCCUAUAAGCGCAUCUGUGCUGUUCGAGAUAUUUCCUUUUUGUAUAGUUUUUGGUUCGGACAUGGUAGUGAGGAGUAUUGGUAAUUCCCUGAUGGUCAUCUUACCGGACUUAGUCGGUAAAAAAAUAACCAACUGGUUCGAUCUUGUACGACCGCUAAUCGCUUUCAAGUUUCAAACAAUCUUAAAUCGCACUAACAACAUCUUCGAGCUGGUGACAGUGGAAGCUGUGAUGCACGAGAAGGCGCCGGACAAACGGAACGAGCUCAUCCGACUGUCCGAUGAAUCGGAUUGCGCUACUGACAAAAACUUACGUUUGAAAGGUCAAAUGAUCUACAUGGACAAUUGGCGUAUGAUGAUGUACCUCGGGACGCCAGUGAUGCCAGACCUCGCGGCGUUGGUGUCGACCGGCCUCUAUAUCAACGAUCUCUCCAUGCACGAUUUUAGCAGAGAUCUCAUGUUAGCUGGUACUCAACAAUCAGUCGAGCUAAAACUAGCCUUGGAUCAAGAGCAGCAAAAGAGCAAGAAGUUAGAAGAAUCCAUGCGGAAGUUGGACGAGGAAAUGAAAAGAACAGAUGAACUGCUGUACCAGAUGAUACCGAAGCAGGUUGCUGAUAGACUGCGCAAUGGAGAAAACCCGAUUGACACUUGCGAGAUGUUCGACAGUGUGUCGAUACUGUUCUCUGACGUCGUCACGUUCACCGAAAUCUGUUCCCGCAUCACUCCCAUGGAAGUGGUAUCAAUGCUCAACGCUAUGUACUCCAUAUUUGAUACCCUCACUGAGAGGAACCGAGUAUAUAAGGUAGAAACUAUAGGUGACGCUUACAUGGUGGUAUCUGGUGCACCAGAAAAAGAAGACAAUCACGCAGAGAAGGUUUGUGAUAUGGCCCUUGAUAUGGUGGAAGCGAUUACUGAUCUUAAAGAUCCUAGUACAGGAUCUCAUUUAUCAAUAAGAGUUGGUGUUCACUCUGGUGCGGUAGUUGCUGGUAUCGUUGGCCUCAAAAUGCCCCGCUACUGUCUGUUUGGAGACUCCGUCAAUACGGCAUCUCGCAUGGAGUCUACGUCAGAGGCUAUGAGGAUUCACAUAUCACAAACCACUCAGGAAUUGCUAUCACCGUCUUAUAUAGUAACUGAACGAGGGGAAAUUCAAGUCAAAGGAAAAGGUGCAAUGAAAACAUAUUGGCUAGAAGAUCGAGAGUCAAGACCAUCUCUUACAAAAAUGAUAUCAUCACAGAUCCAACCAGUCUCGGAACUAGAAUGGGAAAGAGCCGCUGAUGCUAGAGACAGCAUCGCUGAACAUUCAGCUCAACAAAUGAAUAACAAAGAAGUUCUAAGUAACUUCCACCUCCCAAAUGCUAUCAAUUCUGGUCCUAAUUCUUUAGCAAAUAACACUAAUAAUGCUGUGACAUUCCAACCUUCAACACCAACUAUGAAGAGCCCAAACGCACCGACGGUUACAUCUCCUGUAGAAGAAAGACGGAUGUAUUCUCCAGUCACUUUCCAAGAUGUCGCUAGGCGGAGUAUUGCAAAUUCUCCUAAUAGAACCGAUAAGGAUAACGAUUUUCGACCUUUCCCAGAGUCGAGAUCAAACUCAGCGAGUAUGGGAGGAGCAUGGACAGAUGCUGAAUCUCUCGAGCCACAGAGGACUCUUGACAGCUUAAAUUCAUCAUUCUGUUACAGUUCCACGUCCCCUUGCAGAGUCGGCACUGCACCGGUUUCAAAAGACCGCGAUAAUAACUUCUUCACAGAAUCGGUGUGCGUAGCGCGCAUGUCGCCCGCACACUCGGCGCCCGCCGCGUCGGCGCCGGCGCGUCCGCGCAGCGCCUCGCCCGCGCCGCCGCGCCACAGCGCCGACGAUAUCGAAACAGACACAGAGUAUCAAGAUGCGAACACAGAUACACACAUAUGUACGAUAUCGGAAAACGUCGAACCACCCACAAAACAAGGGAAAGUUGGGCGAUUCCGAGCAAGAAUAGCACCAGGGCACCAUAAAACGUGUACAGCUCACAAACAGGCCAACAAAGAUUCCAUAAAAGAGAAACACAUACCGGCGGGAAACGUUCAACCACACGGUCAUCACCAUACUAAGAACGUCAACCACCACCAAUGUUGUGGAGCAUUCGGUAACCCUCAUGUAAGACACAAGUCGAGCAGCUCUAGCUGUCACUUAAUAUAAGUUUUAUUAUCUGUUGUUAGUAAUUUAUUAUUCUCAGAAAGACACGUUUUAUUAAAAGCAAAGUAGAAAAAUUACGUAUGUUUUGUCACUAUCACACAUAUUGUAAUUCAAUGAGUGAGAGAGGGACGGGUUUAUUGCAAUCACCUGUUGUUGUUAUGAUUCAAAAAGGUGAAAAACCUUUUCAUCAAUCAGGCUCGUAAUUACACAACUAAAUGAGUGAGCAAAGGGGGUAUAGUUUUCUUUCCUCUUUAAUUUUUAAGAAUCAAAUGAACCAAAAUGUCACGCAUACUUAAUACACACAUGUAUGAGAAUUCAAUUAAUAAAAAAAACACGAGCUUUGACUUCCUUCAUCCAUAUAUAAGUUUAUAAAUAAAAAUGCGUGUAAGGAUCUGAAAACUUUUUAUCAUAAUAAAAGAUUUUAUUAAAAACAUUUCAAAUAUAGACAAGGUCUAUUUACAUUAUUAUUAUACCUAUGUAGAAGUAUUUUUCGGCCUAAAAGUUUUCUCUCUAUUCAAUUGAAUGUUUAUAUGUCAUAGACAAAAUAUUUUUCUAUUUGUACAAAUCGUGGUGUGAAUCCGAAGCUAUACGGUUUCAAACUAUUUUCUAAAUUUAAUUCAAGUAUUAUUUUAGAUUAAGGAACAUUUAAAGUUUUCCCAGAGUUGGCUCCAU